AUGAACAACCGGAACAAUGAUGGUCCUGCAAAUGAGAAUGGGUUUUCUGGCGGAUACAGACAUUCUGAAGAUGCUGAUGGGGCAAGGCGUGGAGGUAUUGUUGGUGGAUUACGUGGUCGUGGAGGUCGUCGUGGAUUUUCCAAUGGUGAAGGAGGUGAUGUUGAACGCCCAAGGAGGACUUAUGAGAGCUAUAGCGGGACUGGUCGUGGUACUGAUCUAAAACGUGAGGGUCGUGGUCGUGGAAACUGGGGAACUACUGAAGAUGACAUUGUUCAAGCUACUAAGGAACCCACCACGGAGGUUGAGAAGAGCCCUGUUGCUGAGAAGCAGGGAGGUGAGGAUGAAACUGCUGAUGCAACCAAAGAAGCCGAAGAGCAAGCACAACUGGAAAGAAGCUGA